AACAGUAGCAGCAGCAGCAGCAGCAGCAGCACCCGGGGGAGUUUAAGAUGGCGGCGGGGGGGCCAGCUGCGGGUCUGCGGGAGGAGCGGCGCUAUGGUUUAUCGUGCGGGAGGCUCGGCCAGGACAACAUCACGGUGUUGCAUGUGAAGCUCACAGAGACGGCGAUCCGGGCACUGGAGACCUACCAGACCCAUAAGAAUUUAACUCCUUCCAGACCUUCAAUUCAGUUUCAAGGACUCCAAGGGCUUGUCAAAAUUCCCAAAAAUGAUCCCCCAAAUGAAGUGCAUAACUUUAACUUCUACUUGUCAAAUGUUGGCAAAGAUAACCCUCAGGGAAGCUUUGACUGCAUCCAGCAAACUGUCUCAAGUUCUGGUGCCUCACAGCUCAAUUGCCUGGGAUUUAUACAAGAUAAAAUUACAGUAUGUGCAACAAAUGACUCCUAUCAAAUGACAAGAGAACGAAUGACCCAGGCAGAAGAGGAAUCCCGUAACCGAAGUACAAAGGUUAUAAAACCUGGUGGACCAUUUGUAGGUAAAAGAGUACAGAUUCGGAAAGCACCUCAAGUCGUUCCAGAUGCAGUACCUGAGAGGAAAAGGUCAACUCCUAUUAACCCUGCAAAUACAAUACGAAAGAUCCAUUUAAACAACAAUAUUUCUCAGCGGCCCUAUAGAGACAGGGUGAUUCACCUCCUGGCACUGAAGACUUACAAGAAACCAGAGCUACUUGCCAGAUUACAGAAAGAUGGUGUUAAUCAAAAAGACAAGAACUCCCUUGGAGCUAUCCUUCAACAGGUAGCCAACCUGAAUCCUAAGGACCUUUCUUAUACCUUAAAGGAUUAUGUAUUUAAGGAACUCCAAAAAGAUUGGCCUGGAUACAAUGAGAUAGACAGACAGUCACUGGAAUUAGUGCUAUCUAGAAAAUUAAAUCCAUCUCCUCAGAAUGCUACCAGCACCACCGGUUCAGAAUCUCCUAUAUGUUCUAAUAAAGAUGCUGCAUCUUCUCCUUCUCAGAAACGCCUUUUGGAUUCAGAUUUCACAGAUCCCUUAAUGAAUAAAAAAACACGGAUAUCUCAUCUAACAAAUAGAGUUCACCCAACAUUAAACGGUCAUUUGAAUUCCACCCAUGCUCCACCACCACCACCACCUCCUCCUCCUCCUCCACCACCACCUCCUCCUCCUGCAGCUGCCGCCACCCCAACUCUACCACCUCUUCCUUCAACCCACCUUCCAGUUUCAAAUCCUCCUCAGACUGUAAAUUCUAACUCCAAUUCCCCUAGCACUCCAGAAGGCCGGGGAACUCAAGACCUACCUAUUGACAGUUUUAGUCAAAAUGGUAGUAGCAUCUUUGAGGACCAGCAGGACAAAUAUACCUCUAGGACUUCUUUGGAAAUCCCACCACCCGGUUCAAUCCUAUCAAAGUGUCCAAAGCCAAUGGAAGAAAAACAUUCAAUGUCACAUAAAAAAUCUAAAAAAAAAUCUAAAAAACAUAAGGAAAAGGACCAAAUUAAAAAACAGGACAUUGAAAAUAUUGAGGAAAAGGAGAAAGACCUUAAGACAAAGGAUGAAAUUGCCAAGCUAAAUAACUCCAGUCUGGAUUCAAACGAAGGAGUUAAAGAGGUUUGCACUGCCUCCACAGAUCCUUCAUCAACCAUUGAGCUACCAGAUUAUUUGAUAAAAUAUAUUGCUAUUGUCUCACAUGAGCAACGCCAGAAUUAUAAAGAUGACUUCAAUGCAGAGUAUGAUGAGUACAGGACUUUGCAUGCCAAGAUGGAGACUGUUGCUAGAAGGUUUAUUAAACUUGAUGCACAACGUAAGCGCCUUUCUCCAGGCUCCAAGGAGUAUCAGACUAUUCAUGAAGAAGUCUUAGAAGAAUAUAAGAAGAUCAAUCAGUCUAGCCCCAAUUACCAUGAAGAAAAAUACAGAUGUGAAUAUCUCCAUAACAAGUUGGCUCACAUCAAAAGACUAAUCGGUGAAUUCGACCAACAGCAAGCAGGGUCCUGGCACUAGACCUCUGCUUAGACCAGAAGAUGUGAAUAAACUUAAGCUUAUUUAUUUAAGAUUCCAAAUGAGUUGCUCUAAGAUUCUAAAAAGUUGAAACUUUGUCAGUUGAAAGUUUCAGUAUUAGCAAACUUUGAGUUACUUUUUUUAUUAUUAUUAUUUUUAUUUUAUUUUGCUUCCCUGUAUAUUUGAAGCUGCUUUUUUCUGGUCCCUUUUUCUCCUUCAAGACUUGGGUGUGUCCAUGGAAAUCAUUUUUAGAUAGUGGGGAUCCAGCGUCUAUACUUAAAAGUUGUGCACAUUUUAAAAGAAGUAAUGUAGCAAGUUGAUAUGCUUUUGGAUAAACAUAGGCCUGUCUUCUGACCCUUGUUCAUGCGAACUCUUUGCCUUAAUUGGUAGAAGGUUUAGAAAUUUGCACAAAAUAAAAAAAAAAAAGUUAAAACAUUGUUUUGGAGGGUUAAGAAAUAGAAGGGUAUGUUCAUAUAUAUAUUAUACACCGCCUGACUUGAUCUCGAACAGUAAUUUAUCCCUGCAAGUUAAACCCCCCACUGCAAUGGUUGCCUUAAGGUGUUUGCUUGUUGUAUCCAUAGUGUAGUUAAUUAUUAGCUACACUGCUUCCCAUUUUAUUAAAGCAACGGGAAGCACUUUGUGGCCUACCAGCGUCUGUAAGAGUGUGCUUGUCCUGUAUGUGUGCAGAGGUUGUGUGGAUGUGAGCAUGCAUGAAGAAAAAAAGCUGCUACUCUUAGUAGGCCAAAACGCUCAGGUUAAAACAACUGACGAGUGUUACUGUAGGUUUUUUCCUAUUAAAUUGCUACUUCUAUUGUGGAAGACAAAAGCAUUUCCAUUUCAACAGUUUGUCAGCUUUAUUAAUGUUGGGAAAAAUCGAUGUCAUGAAAAUGAAACCAGUCUAUA